AUGUGCAUCACCGGGCAGAUCCCCGACCCCACCACGCCCGGGGUCUGGUGGCGGGACGACCGCAAAUGGCGCCGGUACGAAAGCACGGAGACUGACGUCAUCAAAGAGGGCCUCCGUAACUCCCAGAAAUGGGUGACUCUCGAAGGGGUGAAUAACCUCCUCUUUGGCUCCCGUGUAACGUACACCGUCGAUCUGCGGAUCAUGCAGCAGAAGAGCCCAGGUGGCUUCAUGCGCCCGGUUCUGAUCGUGGACGGGGCGGGGGCCGAAGGGGGUCCGGGAGAAGUUCAGAAUGGGCAAGCGCUGGCUGCAAACGAGUGCCCGCCGUUCCUCCGCAUCUGGCAGCGAGAGUCCGGAUCGAGCCGAUGGAACCUGAUCCCCAACAUUGCGGCGCGCUUUCUGCUGCGCGUUACAAAGACUGGAGCGUCCAGAUGCCUUCUGGAUGAGGGGAACGGCAGGCAAGUAUAUAUGAUGCACAGGGCAGCACCUUCUGCCUUUCCGGUGGAAAAAUAA